AUGGUUACGAGGGAGUUCCUCCCAGAGGAGAGACUGCCACCAGCCAACCAGGAUGGAAGAGUUGCUCUGGACGACCAACAUGGAGGGAGCUGGCAGACCAUAAUUAUCUUAGGAGGAGCAACUGGCAAAGGAAUUCAUGAGGCUGCUGCUAGCUGGUACUAUGUGGCUGAUGGUGUGAGGCUCUACUCUCAGGAGACCUGGAGGGUGGUCACACAGACCAGGGGAGUGCAACUUGUCGAGCAGCACAUCGAUAAAGUGGUUGACUUCUACAUCUCCCAGAGCCAGGCGUCCAACCAUGCAGUGAGAGAGGCAGCCUGCAUCUGUACUGCAGAGCUGGGCACUCAGGAUUGUCUGAAACCGCACGUGAGACUACUGUUUCAUUCUACUACUUGUAGGUAUGUUGACCGGGUGUCCUCCCUUCUCCCCCUCUGUGCUGAGACACUACAACACAUCAACCUCUUGGAGACUCUGCUCAAACUGAGCAGUGACAAUGCCCUGGUGGUGCAGUCUGCUGGAGUGGACUGUCUCACCUCACUCUGUCAGCUACUGGGGAGAAUGAUCCUCAGAGGGAGAAUAGAACACAAUCCAAUAUCGUGGCUAGAUGAACUGUUCACACUGUUCUUUGCCAACCUUGGGCACAGCAUACCCUCAGUUAGACAAGGGGCAGCUGCUGCUCUCACCAGCGUCACCAAGGCCUAUGCACUCAAAGUUUCUCUCUAACCUUGUGAGCUGCUGUUUGGCAAUCAAUAUUCUCCUUUGGUAUAUUGAUCCUGGACCAGCUGUACUUAGGGGGGGUCGUAUCCAUGACAACCCGGACCGCACUGACCAGCAGGUGUACUCGUGUGGUUCACUGGUCUCCAAAAUGAGAAGGGGAGGAUGUAUAGACUCACACUACCGUAUCACAAGCCAGGAGAAGAGUGAGGGUUCCCUUCUCCUGCUUGGAGAACUGAGUGGGUGUGGUGACCGAGUGUCCUCCCUCCUCCCCCUUUGUGCUGAGACACUACAACACAGACACUACCCUCAACACAUCAACCUCCUGAAGACACUGCUCCAGUGAGAUGAUUGCCAGUGCUUACCAAGUUGCUGGGUAAGAGAUCGAGUGUUCAAGGGACACCUCGAGCUGUUCCUGGACUGAGAGUGUAGUGACAGUUUCCUGGUGCAGUCUGCUGGAGUGGACUGUCUCACCUCACUCUGUCAGCUGCUGGGGAGAAUGAUCCUCAGAGGGAGAAUAGAACAAAACAAUCCAAUUAUGCGCCUGGUGCAGUCUGCUGGAGUGGACUGUCUCUAUCAGCUGCUGGGGAGAAUGAUCCUCAGAGGGAGAACAGAACAACAUAUAUAAUCCAUGCAAUAGCAGUGACAAUGCCUGGUGCAGUCUGCUGGAGUGGACUGUCUCACCUCACUCUGUCAGCUGCUGGGGAGAAUGAUCUUCAGAGUGUGAAUAAAACAACACAAUCCAAUGUGAACAAGGAUUGUCUGAGACCUUACACGAGAUGACUACUGUUGGAGUGUUUCCAUGUAGACUCGAAAGCCACUCCCUUUUCUCUGAUUAGACGGAGGCGGGAGAAAAGAGACUAACGACUCUGGGCUACAGCUUCUGUAUUUCAGGAAUGCUAUUAGCUCCUCUGGUAUUGAUCCUGGACCGGCUAUAUUUGAGGUGGUGCAUCGUAUCCAUGACGACCUGGCCCACUAACCAGCAGAUGUACUCAUGUAGUUCACUAGCCUGCAAAAUGAGGAGGGGAGGAUGUAUGGAUUCACACUAACACAAGCCUGGGAGAGAGAAGAAUAAGGGUUCCAUUCUCCUGCUUGGAGAGCCUGAGUCACAGUGUGAGUGGGCGUGGUGACCGAGUGUCCUCCCUCCUCCCCCUCUGUGCUGAGCGACACAGACACUACCCUCAACACCUCAACCUCCUGGAGACACUGCUAAAACUGCUACCAGUGUUUUCCAAGUCUCUGGGUAAGAGAGUGUUUAAGAUCUAGAGACACCUCGAGCUGUUCCUGCAUGGACUCCAUCUUCUACAUAGCAGUGACAAUGCCUGGUGGUGCAGUCUUCUGGAGUGGACUGUCUCACCUCACUCUGUCAGCUGCUGGGGAGAAUGAUCCUCAGAGGGAGAAUAGAACAAUACAAUCCAAUUUCCUCUGGUAUUCAUGCUGGACCAGCUGUAUUUGGGUGGUGCAUUGUAUCCAUGACGACCCAGCCCAUCGUGACAGACCAACAGAUGUACUCGUGUGGUUCAGUAAUCAGUGAUCCAAAAUGAGGAGGAGAGGAUGUAUGGACUCACACUAUCACAAGCCAGGAGAGCCGUGGGAGGGAGAAGAGUGAGGUUGCCAGUGUUUGCUGCCAAGUUACUAGGUAAGAGAGUGUUCAAGAGACACCUCGAGCUGUGUCUUCUAUUGACUGAGCAGUGACAAUGCCUGGUGCAGUCUGCUGGAGUGGACUGUCUCUGUCAGCUGCUGGGGAGAAUGAUCCUCAGAGAGAGAGAACAGAACAACAUAAUCCAAUGAUUCUGGACAAGUCUGACAGAACAGUGUACAAUGUAUAAUUAUGUAGCUUCUCUUAAUUGUUGUUUUUCUUACAAAUACAUUAUAAUUAUAUGCAUGGGUACUCUAGCUUUGUUUACAGUAUCAGUUUACAGAUGCCUGUAAACAUGCCAUUAUUUAUGAAAAUUGAAAGGAAAACAAUUAUUAACAGAUUUAUAAUUA